AUGAAAUCUAUUUACAAAUUCACCUAAUUUAAACUCUAAAGAUACUCUCAUUCUGUUUAUAGCAUUUUAUCUACUAGUUCAUUUCUCAGAGAUAGUGAUAAAUCAUCAUUUUACGUAUGUGAGUUUUGUUGAAUAGUCAUUAGGAAUCUCAGUCCAUUUUGAUUUGUCUUAUUAAUCAAAAAUAAGUUUAACCAAAUUGCUAAGCCCUGCCAUUCAUCUUUCAAUUAGUUUAUGUAUCAAGAAUAGUGAGUUCUAAUCUCCUACAAAUUUCAAAAAGUGAUGACCUUGAAAUACUAUAUGAGUUAGGUAUCAAACUUCAUAAAAGAUUUUAGGAAGUAAAUUAAGUUAAAUAACAAUAAUAUAUAGUUCUGUCUUAAUAAUCAAUUGCAGCGUUAAGUAAUCUUGCUACUUAGGUAUUGAGAAUCAAUAAAUGUAUCAGUAAAAAAGAGAUGCUUAUAUUUAAAAUUUGA